AUGGUGUCAAUUAUAGUAAACAGGAAUAAUUACCACUUUUUAAGGACGUCGAAAUCCUUCGUUUCUGACUGUAUCUCAACAAAUCGUGCUUGCAAUAAUGUUCAUCAAAGGGCAUCGAAUGUUGUAGGAUUUCGAAGAGGAAAUGUCAGGUCCAUAUAUGACUAUCGAUGGUUUCCGACUGAAUUAUUGUUACACAAACGUUUCUCGAAAAAUAGGGUCGCUUUUAGGUCGUUUGUAAAUGUUCUUGAGAAUCAUGGUAUAAGCUAUGCGAAUUUGGAGCUAUCCGUUUCAAGACUAUAUAAUGAUUGUGUCUCCUCUUUAAGUCCUUUUUAUACUUUGUACGAACCUAAUGCAAGUUUAUAUUUACGCUUAAUCGAUUCCUUCUCAGAAAACCAAUUAGCAAUCAUUCUCCUGCAAUCAAAUUUUGAAGAAGAGGCAAAUAUAAUUUUUGAAUAUUUACAAAGGGUAAUUUGUUUAGAUCCCGUCUAUUCUCGUUCUUACAGGAUUACCGAGAGCAUAUCGAAUGAUUUAUUCGAACGUUGUAAAUUAUUGACAGAAAAAAAUCAAGAAGAUCCGAAGAACUUUAUACAUGCAUGCAUAAACUCUCUUCUAUUCCUCUCCUACGAUCGUUCUUUUUCUACUAUCUAUUGGCAGCAGGGAUCUCAGUUUCAGCAAUUCUUGGGUUUGUUGAGAGACUCUGCAGCUUCUGUUCAUCAACCGCAACCUAGUCUUUAUAAAAGCAUUGAGCUAUUUUUUUACUCUAUUCUCAGGACUUAUGCCCUGCAUAAAGGAUUCAUUCCUUUGGUCAAUUCUAUUGACCAAUGCCUACCAGAGAACAUGCGGAUAAAACAAGAAGAGCUAGCAAGGGUAGAGUUGUUCGGAAUGCGAAUUUCUACCUCUUCACAAUCCGUCUCACUUGAAAACUUCUCAGAUUCCCGUUUGCUUUCUAGUCUUUACAGCGGUAAUUAUCGAGCUUUAAGUGAAUGGCUUACUAAAGCUUUUAAAGAGGGUACAGACGUAAAUAUAAAAAUUCUUAGUUUAUUUUUAAAAGGAGAACCUAAAAUGAUAAGUCUGAGAGAUACCCUUUCCUUAUUUUUGUUUUUGGUAAAAAAGGAUACCCAUACCGGUUCGUUUCUUGAGGUCAAAGCUUCCUUGUUAUCGAGAUUACUUCGAGCUAAAAAAUUGCAUGAAUUUCAUAUCGUUCUCUCUACUACCCCUAACUUCCAAUCGUUAAUUGAACACCGAAAUUAUGGCGUUUUAUUUCCAGUAUUAGAUUAUAUUACUGUCAAAAAAGAUUUCGACCUUUUUGAAGAGCUUGACAAUUCCCUUGUUAACUAUGGAAGGGAAAUUCCAGAAGAUUUGUACAUUGAACUUUUGAAAUGCUAUGGCCAAAUGCCGAAAGACGUAAAAUUCUACAAACUAUUUAAAGCCUUCCUGGGGAAAAAUCCAGUUUUGAAUGAAAAUCAAAAACGUUAUGUAAAUAGCAUCUUAUUAGAGAGUUGUCAUACUCACCUUUCUCGGGUACUUUACCAAGAAUUCCCAGAUGUUUUAAGGCCGAGCAACUCAAUCCUGUUUUUCUGCUAUUGCUUUAGGAAAAAAGGACAUGAAUGGAUUCGGAAAUAUUUAAACAUCGCUGAGUACUCCAAAGAUGACUUACGAAAUGGCAUGAUUACGAGCUCGAAUGCUUCAAAAACGUUACUCAAAGCAAUGUGUUCCAAAUAUGACUCAAGUCGAGCAAUAGAUUUUCUAAAAACGUGUUCUGCCGAUGGACCUUACCCUUCAAUUUUAUUACAGGAGAUUCUACAUCAUGCUCAGACUGAGAAUAAUAGCGAGAGUGUACAAUGGCUAAAGUUUCAAGAAGUUUUUUCUCAACAAUCCUGCGAAAAAGAAAAAAAAAGAACACCUGUUAUUAUAUAG